AUGGAAACGAGAAAUAAUGUGACUCAUUUUGUCCUCCUGGGACUCACUCAGAAUCCGAAGGAACAGAAAGUUCUUUUCGUUCUCUUCUUGCUCUUCUACAUUUUGACCAUGGUUGGCAACCUGCUCAUUGUUGUAACUGUCACUUUCAGUAAGGCCCUGGACACACCCAUGUACUUCUUUCUUGGAAGCUUGUCAUUUAUGGAUGUUAUUUAUUCAUCAUCCAUCUCACCUAAGUUGAUAGCAGACUUGUUCUUUGGGAAAACGACCAUAUCCUUCCAAUCCUGCAUGAUUCAGCUCUUUACAGAACACUUCUUUGGUGGCUCAGAGGUUUUUCUUCUAUUGGUGAUGGCCUAUGACCGCUAUGUGGCUAUCUGUAAGCCCUUGCAUUAUUUGGUUAUAAUGAGGCAAUGGGUGUGUGUUGUGCUGCUGAUAGUGUCUUGGGUUGGAGGGUUUCUUCACUCAGUCAUUCAACUUAGCUCUCUCUAUGGACUCCCAUUCUGUGGCCCCAAUAUCAUAGAUCAUUUUUUCUGUGACAUGUACCCCCUGUUGAAACUUGUCUGUACUGACACUUAUGUCAUUGGCUUCUUAGUUGCAGCUAACGGAGGAGUCAUAUGCACUAUUGUGUUUCUGCUCUUACUCAUUUCUUAUGGUGUGAUCUUGCGCUCCCUAAAGAACCUGAGUCAGGAAGGGAGGAGGAAAGCUCUCUCUACUUGUGGCUCCCACAUCACUGUGGUGGUCUUCUUCUUUGUCCCCUGCAUUUUCAUGUACGCAAGACCUGCAAGGACUUUCCCCAUUGACAAAUCACUGAGUGUGUUUUAUACAGUCAUAACUCCUAUGCUGAACCCUCUAAUCUACACGCUGAGAAACUCCGAGAUGACAAAUGCUAUGCAGAAGCUCUGGGGUAAGAAAUGA